CCAGUUUUACAAAUCGGAUCCAACCUCAGCCCGCCUCUCUCUCUCUCUCUCAAUUUCUACAAUGGCGGCUUCCUCCGUGUUUAGAUGGUCCUCCGUAUCUCUCCAUCCUCAACCCAAAUCCGCCCCUCAAAACCCUAGGUACACGACUCACUGCGUCCCAAUCAAAGCUGCCACCUCCUCCGAUCCCUCCCUAACCGCGGACGCCACCCCGCCGCCUUCCGCCGCCAAACACCGGCGGAACGCCGACGAGAAUAUCCGAGACGAAGCCCGCCGCCAGAACUCCUUUCACAGUUCCCAUGGCUUCUCCGCCAAGUACGUGCCCUUCAACGCCGAUCCCGCCUGCACCGAGUCCUACUCCCUCGACGAGAUCGUCUAUCGCAGCCGCUCCGGCGGCCUCCUCGACGUCCAACACGACAUGGAAGCCCUGAAGAGGUAUGACGGAAAUUACUGGAAAUCCCUCUUCGAUUCGCGCGUUGGGAAGACCACUUGGCCGUACGGGUCUGGAGUCUGGUCCAAGAAGGAAUGGGUCUUACCGGAGAUCGACGGCGACGACAUAGUCAGCGCCUUCGAGGGGAACUCGAACCUUUUCUGGGCCGAGCGUUUUGGCAAACAGUUUCUGGGCAUGAGCGAUUUGUGGGUGAAGCAUUGCGGGAUUAGCCACACCGGUAGUUUCAAGGAUCUGGGCAUGACUGUUUUGGUCAGCCAAGUGAAUCGCCUCCGGAAAAUGAACCGUCCGGUCGUCGGCGUCGGCUGCGCGUCGACCGGCGACACCUCGGCGGCUUUGUCGGCGUAUUGCGCGUCCGCCGGGAUUCCGUCGAUUGUUUUCCUUCCGGCGAAUCGGAUAUCGGUUGCUCAGUUGGUUCAGCCGAUUGCGAAUGGGGCUUUCGUGUUGAGCAUCGAUACUGAUUUUGAUGGCUGUAUGCAGCUGAUUAGGGAAGUUACGUCUGAGCUUCCCAUUUAUUUGGCUAAUUCUUUGAACAGUUUGAGGCUCGAAGGCCAGAAAACGGCGGCAAUUGAGAUCUUGCAGCAGUUUGAUUGGGAAGUGCCGGAUUGGGUGAUUGUUCCCGGUGGAAAUCUGGGGAACAUAUAUGCAUUCUAUAAAGGUUUUCAUAUGUGCAAGGAGUUAGGGCUUGUUGAUAGGAUUCCAAGGCUUGUUUGUGCUCAAGCUGCCAACGCCAAUCCGCUUUACCUCCAUUACAAGUCCGGUUGGAAGGAAUUCAAGGCUGUUAAGGCUAAUUCUACUUUUGCUUCGGCUAUUCAGAUUGGCGAUCCAGUUUCUAUAGACCGAGCUGUUUUUGCUCUCAAGAACUCGAAUGGGAUUGUUGAGGAAGCCACAGAGGAGGAAUUGAUGGAUGCAAUGGCUCAAGCGGAUUCAACUGGCAUGUUUAUAUGCCCCCACACUGGGGUUGCAUUGACUGCAUUGAUAAAGCUGAGGAAGAGCGGGGUUAUUGGUCCAACGGAUAGGACUGUGGUGGUGAGCACAGCCCACGGGCUGAAGUUUACGCAGUCAAAGAUUGAUUAUCAUUCGAAGGAGAUACCAGACAUGGCCUGCCGGUUUGCAAAUCCGCCGGUGCAAGUGAAGGCGGAUUUUGGGUCUGUCAUGGAUGUUCUGAAAAGGUAUUUGUUAAGCAAAGAUUCUUAGAAGCACAGGACUUGGAUCCCAAGACUCUUGUAAGACUCGCUUGUGCUCCUAUUAUCACAUCCUUGGUUGUCCUUUUAUGUACUCUCUCGUUUGCUCUCCUUUUUUUUUUUUGGUAUGAUUUAAGAGCUGUUUUAGGAGCUCACUUUUUAGUCAAGUAGAGAGGACUGUCUAUCUCUAAGGCAGCUUUGGUUUUUAGGAGAAUUUAUCAUUUGUGUUUGAUGACAAUUUUGCAAGAACAUUAAGAACUUAAAUUGCUAAUAACUUCCUAUUUACCACUGUAAUGAUAGGAAGUCUCAAUGAUUA